CAAGGCUUCAGUGCUGCGCAGCAAGGCAGGAGGAACCAGGUGGACGUGUUGUUCUCUUGUAGUGGAACAAACAUUUUAACCUUUUUUGUAAUACUGGUAACUAACUCGUUUAUUCAAUACUUGUUUUGUCUAGAUGUUAUUACAUUACUAUUUAAGGGUAGAUCGUUACUUGGAAGCGAGGUGUAAAACGUCCGAGUUAGUUGGCUAAUGUUAGCAACAACGAGCUAGCUCGAGCCUCGUAGCUAACGUUAGCAGUCUAACGUUCGCUAACAACCAGGCCCACAGAGUUUGGCCAGGCCAAGAAGUAUAACGUUAGUUGCUAGCAUCGAGGCAUUGUAACCAGAUUCUAUAUAUAGCUGAUAGCAGAUUCUAUAUGUAUUCUACCUAACGUUAGUUAAUUAAAAUUACCACCCAGUUAAACUAACUAAUGACCAAACGGUGGCGGAGUGUAACGUUAACUAAGGUUAGCCAUUUGUAAUAACGUAGCUAAAAUAGCAAGUUACUGUUUUGUUUUAUAUUGUUUAGCUAGCUACUGUAGCUAGUUAACGUUAGCAAGGUAACUUGGCGUUGGAGUUUAUUUUUUUAACCUUGAUUUUAUCAAGGAGUUUUAUGUCAGGGAGCCAUCAGUGUGAAUAACAAAUUACAGAAUAGACACGUCAAAAUAUAAAUAAAAGCAGAACGAUUUGUUUCUAGGUAACUUAGCUAUCUUAGUUGGUCAGAACGUUAUCUUAGCUAACUAGUUAUUUUGUAUUUUGAUGUGGGGCUAGGUAGUUAUAAACGCGUGAAGCGUAAUUUGAAACGUUAUUAAGCUAUAGCAUUCAUAUUGUGACGUGAACAUGAGUAGCUAGCUAAAUGUUGCAAUGAAUUUUGUGUUUUCAGUAACUACCACGUAUGAAGAUGAAAAUCGCAUUCGCCCAGUAAUUCUGGUAAUUCGUCUUGCCAAUAUGUUUCGUGUUUUAUAAUUUUACGUUUUCAAAACUUGUGUUAUUUGGCUGUUUAACUACCUAACUACAUUAUUCGAAAUGUCUGUCCUUGAUUGUACGAUAACAGUGCGGUAUGUUACUCCUCGAAAUUGCAAACCAACAUCGAGGCCCUCCAAGUUAACAAGAUGUUGUGGGGACCUCUGGACAGAUGUGUCAAAUUUUACACACAAUAUACAGUUUGACAUUUUAUUAUUCCAAAUUCAAUACAUGAAAUUGAAGCAAUGGGUUGAUAUCCAAACUUAAUCACGCAGUAUGAGCUGAUUGAGCUCCCAAUAAUGGAUUACACAAUACUCAGUUGUGUAGUCUGUUAUAGUCAAAUUCAGUUUGACCUAUGCUCUAUCACAAUGUUUCCCAACUCUAGUCCUUUAGUAUCCCCAACAGUACAUAUUUUUGUUGUGGCCCUGGACAAACACACCUGAUAGUACUUGUCAACUAAUCAUCCAGCCCUUGAUAAAUUGAAACAGGUGUUUUUGUAAGGGGCUACAACAAAAAUGUGUGCUGUAGGGGAUACCCCAGGACCAGAGUGGGGAAACACUGCUCUAUCACAUGCUAUUGUGGAUGGUGUUGGCACAUCCUUGUCAUGUUCUACAUUUUCUCUCUUGAUGUUAACUACACUUUGGUGAGAAAGUGCAGUUCCGAUACUUUACUAUGUUUGUGUGCAAGUCUCUGUCCUGUACUCUAACCAAUUUCUAUUCAGUUUUCCAGGGGAGUGUUUUUGUUUUAUUUAAAUCUAGGUUAAGAAGCAGCUUCUUGUCCAUUCCUGAAGAUCUUUGGAUGGGGGAUAGAGUUCAUUAUAAAGAAAGUAGAUUCCCAGAAGAUUUUAUGCGAAAUUCCCACCACCUUUUUUCCACUCCAAAAUUUUUGCCUGCUGGAAUCCCUAGAAGCCCCACCCUUACUUAUAUUUUUCUACAGCAUCCUUUAUGCCAUCAAGUUUAAGAAGAAGUUGAAGAUUUUUCUGCCCCCCUCUCCUCUUCACCCCAUUUUUUUAUCUUUCAAAACCUCUCGUUUUUUUCUCUGGCAGUCUUUUUGGAUGAUUUGCUUCUAUCUCACAUUAUUUCCCCCCAUUAAAAAAAAAUAAUAAAAAAAACAAGGACGUUCUUGCACCAUCCAUCUGUAAUGCUUAGCAGUCUGGCUGGAAGGAGUCAGAAGGGAGGUCAUAGGACGACAAGUGUCUCUGGACCUUCCCUUUUUCCUCUUAUCUCACGGAUCAAGUGUUCCUUCAGGACCAUUGUUGCCAAGGAGACACCCUAUCAGAAGUGCGUGAGGAAGGGAGGAAUCUUCUUAGCCUCUACAGCCCAGGGAGAGUCCUGUUGGCCCUGAAGAGAACACCCCUGACCCGGACGUGAAUCCAGUCCACCAUCCUGAACAUGACUAACCAUGGAGAUGACUGCUAUUUCUUCUACUACUCCAACUGUGCUAAGGGUGACAGUUGCCCCUUCAGACACUGUGAAGCUGCAAUGGGCAGUGAGGUCGUUUGCAGCCUGUGGCAGGAGAGUCGCUGUUUCAGACAGGUCUGCAAGUUCCGCCACAUGGAGAUCAAGAAAAACAGGAAGGAGAUAGCUUGUUACUGGGAGAACCAGCCUGCUGGCUGCCAGAAGCCUCACUGUGCCUUCCACCACGAGAAACCACGCUUUAUAGACGGUCAAUACGUACCACCCAACAAAAGUUCGGCCCUGAAAGAAGAGGAGGAGUCUCAUGAGGAUUCUUUGCCUCCUGUCCCCAUCCCCAGCCCAGCCAAUCCCCAGCUCCGUGGGGUCAUCAAGGCAGAGACUCAGGAGAACGUUCCCAGCCCCACUCACCCGCCUGUGGUUAUCAACCCGGCAGAUGACGAAGAUGAGGAUGAAGAUGAUCAGUUGUCAGAAGGAGAGGACAGCAGGUCCGGCUCAGACGGCUCCAGAGUGGUCUCUCCCAGGAAGAUGGCCGUGGGCUCUAGCUCAGAUGAUUCCCUGGACUUUGGUGUCAGAACCUUGGAGGAGAUCAGACUGAGGAAAGCCCUGAAAGCCAGUAUGAGGAGAGCUGGUUAUCCAGUUCCUAGCCAGGGCUCAGACCAGCGGAACAAUGGUGCCAGUGGAGAGAAGGAGAACAUGAGAUCCUUCAUCCGUCCAUCUCUCGUCACAGCCAAGGAUGACACUGUGGUCUUUGGUGAAGAGACCGGGAGACGCAAUGUCGCGGACAGGCUUGGGAAGAGAGUAGUCAAAGAAGUUCCUGCCGGGGGUGACCUGCCAAUGAAACGCUGUCUGGCGGAGCGCCUCGGGAGGAAAAUGGACGAGGGUGAAAUGGACCUGCCCCCUCAGAAAGCUCUGAAACCUGUCAGGGAUAGAUUGGGAUUACCUGUUGAACCCACCACUGCCUCUGAAUCAGCUGAGCGCAACAGUGAGAGUACAGCACCUGAAGUAAUCCGCAUCAAAACCCUGGAGGAGAUCAGGCAGGAGAAGUUGGCCAAGUCCCAGGGACAAGCUCCGGGGGACAACCCUCUCCCUUCAACCCCUGAUACUACCAGUACCACCAAGGCCCCAAAGAGAGGCACCACUGGCAAACCUGCAGCCAGCCUCCACGUGAAGACAUUCUCUGAGAUCCUCCAUGCCAAGAGGAAGCUGGAGGAGGACCAGCAGCAAGGCCCCAGCCUCAGAAAGGCCAAGCAGGCGGCUAUGGAAGCAGCUCCAGGGUACUCCCAGGCCCAGGGACCCACUGAGACAGCCAUGCCCAGCCGGGUGGCACCUCCUGGAGGUGGAGUUAAGGUAAAGACCCUGGAGGAGAUCCGCAGGGAGAAGGCAGCCAAGAUGCAGGCCCGGGGACAGGAGGCGUCCAACGGGAAAAGCCCAGGCUCAGCCUCUGGAGAGGGAGGCACCAAGAAGCCCCUGGUACUGCGCAUCAACAAAGCUGCUUCUCCUGCUGCCAGCACUACCACCCAGAAGACAUCUGAGGUGACCGAGAAGACGGAGAAGCAAACUGAGCCUGCUUCUGUUGCUACUGAGGCCAGUCCUGCUAACGGUAGGAGUGAUGCUGUGUCCGGUGACAGUGUGAAGGUGAAGACAUUUGAGGAGAUCAUGCGUGAGAAGAGGCUCCGCAGGCAACAGCUGCAGGAAGAGCAGGCCUCGUCCACCAGCCAACCAGAGGGCUCUGCCGAGGCAGACUCUUUCCCAAAACAAGCCACAGGCCCCGCCCUCCAGCGGGAGAAGAGGGCGCGGGUGAGCCCCCCUGCCGCCUCCUCUCCCCCCUCAAUCACCCUGGAGGCACCUGCCCAGGCACUCAAAACCCCCCUUCGCCAGCGCAUCACCCUCAAACCCAAGGCUGCCUCUCUUGUGUCCUGCGCCACCGCCUCCCCCCAACAGGGGUCUCCACUGAGGCAGGCAGAGGCAGACUCCCCCUCACUCAGCCCCAGGAGUUCCAGCGCUGCCCCAGGCAAGAGGAAGAGAGGCUUCCUGGGUGGUUCCAGUCCCCCAAAGCAGGCUGCCUUAGCAGCAGCAGUGGCCUCCCCUGGGCCCUCUGUGAAAGGUUCUCCGGUUGAGAAGGCUCAGGAUGGAGCCCAGAAGAUGUGCCCUGGGCAAGCUACUGAAGCUAAAGUGAGGCCCAAGCUGAACGUGAGGCCUUCUGUGAUGAAGCUGGCUGCCCAGGUGAAACCAGGCCAGAAGAGAACAUCAGCUAGAUCUGCUGUCGCUGCAGUGAAACCCCUCAAUAGCACCUACGCAGUGCAGGAGGAGCCACUGCAGGAGCUGCCCUGCAAACGGAGAGAGGUGUCCUCUACUUCCUCCAGUGUGAAGGACCAGAUGAGCUCUGUGGUCUCCAGGAGACCCCCCACCAUCCUGGGCCCUGGCCUCAGCUCCAGCCCCCUGAGAGAGGAGUUCCAGGCGGUCCCUGUCAACCAACACAGCCCAGCCAUCACCAUAGCAGCCCCAGAGACCUGCAUAGUCCCACAGAGCCCUGUGGUGAAUACACCUAUCCAGCCUAAGCCCCGGCGGCCCAGCGUUGCGAUGUCUCGCUCGACCGCAUCAGCCCCUUCCGCUAACUGCUCCACCUCUGCCAUGGACGAAUUUGACGAGUUGAUGAACGAGUUCACAGAUGACCGUCUGGAGGAUGACUUGGAGCUGGACCCAGGCAAGGGAGAGGAUGACUACCUGCUGGAGCUCUCUGAGAUGAUCGACAGCUAGACUGGCCUACCUGACACCCCGUACAUGACCCCUGACAGACCCUUGACCCUGUAACGCCUAUGUUAAUGUCACCUGAUACCCUGUUCACGACCCCUGACCAACCCUUGACCUACAGUAACUCCUACAUUCAUCAACACCAAUAUAAUUUCAAAUGAUCACCGGAACUAACCACCAACACUCAAUCACCAGAACUAAACACAAGUCAACCUACUACCAGCGCAACUGGCAGGGUAUCACCUAUCACUGCCAUUGAGGGUUCAUUUGACAGAUCUCUUUAUUGAUUUGGGGAGGAAGUAUGUAUUUAUGUUACUGAUUCCCAACCACCACUGUCUAUCAGCCCAUGUCAUCGGAGCAGACUAAGGCUACUACAAUAUGUCAGAGGGGACUGGUGGGCUUAUUUUAUUUUUCUUCAAUUAAAACGCAUUGUAUUUUACAUUUUAGAUGGUAUUGUUUUUACUCUUUACUUUUUAAUUCAUGGUUACCUUUUUGUCCUGGAAAAACAAUUCAUGCAUCUUAAUUUCUGCACCUUUUAUGUUAUUUGAUUACAGUGCUAGUGAUAUACUCAUGUAAUCAUUUUAUCUUUGUUAAUUUACCAUUUAUGCUCUUUCCUGUGUCCCGAAAGAGAACAUGAAAAAGCAACCAUUUGGUUGGAGAAUGACUGAUUUUUUUUCUAACAUUCUCAGGUAAUUCCCCAUCUUGCAUUGUAAGGACAAAAGCAUGUCGUUUUACCUGCCAAGCCUGUCACCUAUGGAUGUUAAAUCAUGCGUCAUUGUUGCAGAGAGAGUGAAUUUGUAUACUGUGUAUGCCUAGACUGCUUUAAAUGGAGUUACAGUAACUACACAUACUACUGCACUUAAAAUAGUUAACCUGCUUUGCGUCCUGUAUCUGUCAUGUCCCACAUCUACUGACUCAAACUCAUGUACAUUUUUGUUCACCUAGUUUUUGACUGAUAUCACGGUAAAUGUGGAACUGUUGUUGGAACGGACUAAGUUGCAUUUGAGGUUUAACUGAAUGAAAAGCAUGUAACGAUGGUUUGAAGUAUGAGAUUAAGGUGUGUACCCUUUUUGGCUGUAAAAGUUAGCUUUUCUGUUUUGUUUUACAGAAGCGAACUCACUGAAAUGUGUCCAUUUUUAAAUACACCCACCAUGUUCCUCUAUUGUUCCUGCUCCUAGUGUAUUUUUAAUCAAAAAAAUGUAUGUUUGGGUGAAAUGCUAUUUUAACUUAUCCAAUGUAUCUGACCAUGCAUGACCCACUCAAAACACAGUUUAAUAUGGAACAUUACACUCCUUUCACUGUUCAACAUCCAGCCUGUUUGCUGUUGAACCUUUGUUACAAAUUGUGUUUUUCUGCUCUUAAAAUGUGAAAAAGCAGCUUCUCAGGGAGUACUUAUUUUCUGUCUGAGUUUGAACCUAUUUGUACUGUUCAUACACCAUGUUACAAUUCAACGGACGAUUUCCAUUUUUCUCUGCUAGCAUGUGACAUUUUGUUGUCUGAGUACCUGUUGGUCCUGUUCCAUGUCAACUGUGAUCAGAUUAUAUCUGCUGAUCAGUUUUACGAUCUGGAGCGAGGAGCCUGCUGAUUGUGUACCUGCUUGAGCCUGUCCUGAUAUUCAUUAUCUAAAUCUCUAAAGGGUGUUGAAACUAAAUAAAAAUGCUUUUAUGUAAA